AUGUUAUCUGACAAUAAAGUAAUAAGACUGUUUGUUAGUGGAUUUGGCGGUACUGCAUUUAAUAUUCAAGGCCUGACAGUCCAUAGGUUAUUACAAUUACCUGUAGAGCAAGGAGGCACGGCAAAAUAUAAACCUAUAUCCGAUAAUGCGUUGAAAAGAAUACGUCAAAGUUUUAAGGAUGUAGAUUUUGUUAUCAUCGAUGAGAUUUCUAUGAUAUCAAACGUAACCCUUUUGUAUAUACAUUUACGUCUGGCAGAAAUUUUUUGCACAUCGGACAAAAAAGACGGUUGGUUUGGUAAGAUACAUAUCGUAGUAUUUGGCGAUUUACUUCAAUUGCCACCUGUACGAGAAGAAUUUGCUUUCAUUCCACUGGCAAAAUCACAAAUAGAUAAAUAUAUUAAAGGCAAGUUGUCAUUCAAUUUGUGGACUUUGUUCGAAUAUGAGGAAUUGACUAUAAAUAUGAGGCAGAAAACUGAUAAAGUUUACUCAGAAAUUUUAGGGAAAUUAAGAUUGGGUUAUUUAGCUAAUUCGGAUAUAGAAACUUUACUGAAGAGAAAAAUUUCUUUUUCCAGCCAUACUCCGUCUCUUCAUGAAUUGUGCAAAUAUUUGAAUAAUUUGCCUAGCAACACAGUAUGCUUGAUGCCAACUAAAAAUAUGUGUUCAAUACUUAAUAAUACUAUGUUGAAUAAACUAGAGUCUGAAGAGAUAAAGCUAAUUGCCAAUGAUUGUUAUAAAUGUCUAAAGAGAUUAGAAAAACGUGUUUUGAAAAUGUUAAACGAAGAUGAUGACAACGCUUGUGGAAUUCCUCAAGUAAUCACAAUCAAAAUAGGUUGCAAGAGUAUGAUACGGAGAAAUAUCGAUGUAUCUAUCGGAUUAGUUAAUGGAACUAUAGCAACAGUUAUUGCAGUGAACAAAGGAAAAACAGGUAUAGAUAGCAUUGCUAUUAGACUUGAAUCAAAUCAAGAGUAUUCUAUCAAACGAUUAGAAUACCAAUUCCAAAUAUUAGAUCAAGUAUUCAUUACGAGAGAACAAUUUCCGAUUUGUCUCAGUUAUGCUAUUACUAUUCAUAUAAGCCAAGGUUUAAGUUUAGAAAAUACCGUUGUUGAAGCUGGAAACAGCAUGUUUAGUUGUGGACAAACGUACGUAGCUUUAUCUAGAAUUACCAAAUUAGAAGGUUUGCAUUUAAUUAAUUUUGAUCCUUCUAGUGUUAAAGCUGAUGAGUCGGCUAUAAGAGAAUAUAAUAGGCUGAGAAAACAAUAUCGUACGGAUCUUGAUAUUUAUAAUAUUCCUGUUAACAACGUUUAUAAAAAUAAUAAAAUAAUUGACAGGCUUAGAAUCCAUCACAGUUAUAAAAUUCAAACCGCUUUUCUCCUCGUGUUUUACUGA